AUGACCCAACACACCUACAGGCUGAAGAAGAAGGAUAUGGUGACAUCGGGUUCGGGUGCCGCAGCCGGUGGAACCAGUUGUGCCUCAGCUGGCUCGUCUGGCUUCCACGCCUUAGCUGGCUCGAAAGGUUUCCAUGCCUCGUUUGGAUCGGCAGACUCCCAUCCCAUGUCAUGCCUCAGCCGGCCCAUCAGGCGCCCCACCUCAGCCAGCUCGUCAGGCUCCCAUGCCUCAGCGGGAUCAUCAGGCUUUUACGCCUCAGCCGGAUCGUCAGGCUCCCACGCAUCCGCCGGCUCAUCGGGCUCCCGCACCUCAGCCAGCUUGUCGGGCUUCUAUGUGUCAGCCGGCUAG